CUUCUCUUCACUCUCAGAGAAAGAUCCUCGUGACGAAGGACGACCAGUAACUGGGCCUUGAAGAGCAGAGGGUCGAGUCUCAUACCGAUACAGAAACGAAAAUUGAACGUCCUUUUUUUAUUUCGUAUUCAGGGAAUUAUUCGUAAUAGAGAAAGAAUGAAGUCCCAGAUGAUCUCCCUCGUGAACUCCACCUACUCUCACUUUCUUCGAUCCCAUAGCAGGCUCUCCGGAAGGGCGCUCUCUCGCUCCAUCACCACCAAAUCGAAAACAAGAGGUCCCGCCUCAGCCUUGGUACAGAGCCUCGAACUUGAGACGGAGGGCCACGUGAUCGAGUCGCAGUUCCCGGAUGUCCCUCUGCCUCAGUCGCCGCUGACGCCCAUCGUCUUCGAGGAAGCCAGCAAAUGGGGACACAAGACAGCCACCGAGUGCGGCUUCACCGGCAGAAGCUACACGUACUCGCAGCUCGUGGACGGGAUAAUGCGGUGGGGCGGGAUGCUGCAGAGGAUGGCCACCGACCGGGCCAACCCAGGGACCGUGGCCAUCCUCGCGCCCAACUGCCCCGAAUACCCUAUCGUGUUCUUUGGUUCCAUCGGCGUCGGGGCCACAGUCACGACCGUCAACGCCGCCUACACGCCAGAGGAGAUCGCGCGCCACCUGGACGACAGCGGCGCGAACCUGCUGGUGGUCGAGGGCGUGAUGGAGCCCCUCGCCGAGGCCGCCCUCAAGCUCCUCAAGCGGGAGGUCCCUGUGGUGGUGAACGGCCCCUCAGCCAACGCCCGGCCCAACCUGAGGGAGAUUAUCACCGACAGCAACACGCCCUUCGCUGAUUUCGUGGAUGUGCCCUUAGACCGCGUAGCAGCUCUCCCGUACUCCAGCGGCACGACAGGAAAGCCUAAGGGCGUGUCUCUCACCCACUCGGCCAUCGCCAAUAACAUCGCCAUGUACCACAACCCGCAUACGAUCAACGCCGAGAAGGCUGAAGGAGACCACCAGGAGGUUCUGAUGGGCCUCCUGCCCUUCUUCCACAUCUACGGCAUGUGCGUGAUCAUGACCUCCGGCCUCUGCAGAGGCGCCAAGAUCGUCACGCUGCCCAAGUUCGAGCCGCAGAUCUACGCCAGCGUCCUCAAGAAGCACAAGAUCUCGGUCCUCCACACGGUGCCGCCCCUCCUGCAGUUCGUCGCCGCCUCUCCUGCCGUGGCGCCCGAGGACCUGUCGCACGUCCACACCGUCAUGUGUGGUGCGGCGCCGGUUCCUCCUGCUGCGGCCAUGGCGCUCAAGAAGAAGGUGUCGCGACCGAUUUUCUUCCAGGAGGGUGAGGAUCGGUCUGGCUUCGUGAUAACAGCUAACGUAAGGUUUACAUUGAGUAAAUUCAUCGUGAUUCUGUAUGAUUGUGAAAUGAAAUCCGACCCUCUAACCCGCGCCUCCCCCCCCCCCCAGAUGAUGGCCGGCUACCACAACAAUCCCGAGGCAACGAAGGACUGUUUUGACGAGGAAGGCUGGUUCCACACCGGAGACGUGGCUGUUUGCGAUAACGAUGGCUACUUCUCUAUCGUCGAUCGCAUCAAAGAGCUCAUUAAGGUCAAGGGACUGCAGGUGUCCCCCUCGGAGCUGGAGGACAUUCUCCUUCGGCAUCCCGGAGUGGCCGACGUCGGGAUCACGGCCGUGGACGACGAGCGGGCCGGCGAAGUCCCACGCGCCUAUGUCGUGCGCAGGAAUCAGGAUCUGAGCGAAAAGGACCUCCACGCCUUCCUCGGGAGUCGCGUGGCUCCGCAUAAGCAGCUGGCAGGAGGGAUCAGGUUCGUGGAGGAGCUCCCCAAGAACCCGACCGGCAAGCUCCUUCGGCGCCAGCUGAAGAAGAUGGCGGACGGCGAGUGAUGACGUCAUGGAGGAAGGGAGGGAGCGACUCGAGCACUAUUUUCUCACAGAUCUGAUUACGUAUUACUGUAGCAAUUUCGAUAUAUGAAUGUAUACAUAUAUUGCAUGCAUACAUAUAUAUACAUAUACAUAUAUAUACAUAUA